AAUUAAAAUUAAGCUCAAACUUACCCUUCCCUUUAGCCAAGCAAACUUUCCAAAUUUCCUUAUAACUCUCAUCAUCCUCUUCAAACCCUACCUAGCUAGCUAGCUUUUCUCUCUUCUAUAUAUAUUCUUCAAAUUCUAACCCUAAGUUUUUAAUUUUUUGUAAUAUUUAUUUAUAUGAUUCAUAAAAUAAUUAAGCCAAACCCAAACCCAAGAGUCUUUUGGUAAGUUUAGGGUUCAUGGCUGAUUCAGACAAUGAGUCUGGAGAGCAAAACAACAGCAAUACAAACUACAGUACUGAGACUUCACCAAGAGAGCAAGACAGGCUCUUGCCUAUAGCCAAUGUCAGCAGGAUCAUGAAGAAAGCUUUACCAGCUAAUGCAAAGAUUUCAAAGGAUGCUAAGGAGACUGUGCAAGAGUGUGUGUCCGAGUUCAUUAGCUUCAUCACUGGAGAGGCAUCAGAUAAGUGUCAAAGAGAGAAGAGGAAGACAAUCAAUGGUGAUGAUCUGUUGUGGGCCAUGACAACUCUAGGGUUUGAAGAUUAUGUUGAGCCUCUGAAGAUUUACUUGCAAAAAUUUAGAGAGAUGGAAGGAGAGAAGACUGCUGCCAUGGGAAUAGUGAGGCAAGGUGAUCAAAGAGAUGGUACGGCCGGAGAUGGUGGUGUUGUGAAUAGUGGAAAUCCUGGGGGUGGGUUUGGUGGAGGUGGUGGGGGCAAUAUGUAUGUUGGGAUGCAGUCAAGUAUGGCGAUGAUGGGACAUCACCAUUAUCAGCACCGUCAUCCAGGGAAUAUGUAUGGUCCUGGUGGUGGAGCUUCUUCUGGUAGGCCAAGCUAGUAAUUAGCUAGGGUUACAGUUGUUUUUACUACUUUUUUAUAUUUUUCUCUUCUAAUUAUCAUGUCGAUAGUAAGGGCAAAGAUAAUGCUUGAUGAUGCUUUCCAUGGUGUUGUAAUUUUCUUUAAUAAUUAGAUAUUAGUGGUUGGUUUGAUGGUCCA